CCCCCACAGAUCCAGCUGCUCAGGCUCCGAAAAAUCCUCAGGCAAAUGCAUCCGAAUCCGAAUCCGAAUAUGAAAAGGUUCUCGGAAAAUACUUCAGCAAAAUGAAAGCUGACCUACAAAAACAACAUGAUGAACAUGCGCAAAAACAAUUCGAAUUGAUGAAACAACAUACGUCAGAAUUAAAAGAAGAUUUCAAAGCAGAAUUAACUGACCUAAAACAAACCGAGGAGCAGAGGAAAAAAAAUGAGGAAAAAAUAAAGAGACUUGAAACCCAGGUGAAUGCCUUGGAGAAGAAGUUAGACGAAGAACGCGCAAAAAAAGACGCGAGACAAUCUGGUAAGAGAAUUAAAGAUUUGGAAAAGGAAAGAGAUGAACUUAAAGCCGCUUUGACAAAAGUGAAGCAUGACAAUUUCUAUCUUCGAAUUGUUGUCAAUGACGUCAAAGACAAAAAGCAGACUAGCAAACCGAACACAACAAUAAAGGGCGCCGGAAACAGAAAGCAGUAAAUAUGUGAAGAAGAGAGAAUGUCAAAUUCAGCCCAAAGAUAUAUAUAUAUAUAUUAGACGUUGUACACAUCACAAUGAGUUUGGCCCAACGGACUUAACCGACUAUACUGAUAUACACUUCAUGUAUUUGUAAAACAAUCUCUCGCUUUUGUUGGUAUUGAUACAUAUUUUGGGUAGAUUAAUAGAGGAUGUUGAAUUGUUUUCCAUUUACAUGUACAAUAUAACAUUUCAGGAGUAUGCCAGAAUAUUGAUAUUUUCACGA